GCUGGAUUCUGAGAUUGAACCUGGGUUGGUCCCAGGUUUAUCCCGGGUUGAUCCCGGCCGGAUUCCCGGGUCGAUCCCGGCCGAUUCCCGGGUUGAUCCCGGCUGGAUUCCCGGGUCGGUCCCGGCCGGAUUCCCAGGUUGAUCCCGGUGUUUUUGGGCUCGCAGCUCCCGAGGGGAAGCGCUCCUCGGGGCUCACGGCCGUGUGGGUGGCGCGGAACCGAUUCGCCGUCCUGGACAGGAUGCACUCGAUCCUGAUCAAGAACCUGAAGAACGAGAUCACCAAGAAGGUUCCGGUUCCCAACUGCGACGAGAUUUUCUACGCGGGCACCGGGAACCUGCUCCUCAGGGACUCCGACUCCAUCACCCUCUUCGACGUCCAGCAGAAAAGGACUUUGGCCUCGGUGAAGAUCUCCAAGGUGAAGUACGUGAUCUGGUCGGCCGACAUGUCCCACGUGGCCCUGCUGGCCAAGCACGCCAUCCUGAUCUGUAACCGGAAGCUGGAGUCGCUGUGCCAGAUCCACGAGAACAUCCGGGUCAAGAGCGGCGCCUGGGACGAGAGCGGCGUCUUCAUCUACACCACCAGCAACCACAUCAAAUACGCCGUCACCUCGGGGGAUCACGGGAUCAUCCGCACGCUGGACCUGCCCAUCUACGUGACGCGGGUGAAGGGUAACAACGUGUACUGCCUGGACCGGGAGUGCCGGCCCCGCGUGCUCACCAUCGACCCCACCGAGUUCCGCUUCAAACUCGCCCUCAUCAACAGGAAGUACGACGAGGUGCUGCACAUGGUGCGGAACGCCAAGCUGGUGGGGCAGUCGAUCAUCGCGUACCUGCAGAGGAAGGGGUACCCCGAGGUGGCCCUGCACUUCGUCAAGGACGAGAAAACGCGCUUCAGCCUGGCCCUGGAGUGCGGCAACAUCGAGAUCGCCCUGGAGGCAGCCAAGGCCCUGGAUGACAAGGGCUGCUGGGAGAAGCUGGGCGAGGUGGCUCUGCUGCAGGGCAACCACCAGGUGGUGGAGAUGUGCUACCAGCGCACCAAGAACUUCGACCGCCUCUCCUUCCUCUACCUCAUCACCGGCAACCUGGAGAAGCUCCGCAAGAUGAUGAAGAUCGCGGAGAUCCGGAAGGACAUGAGCGGGCACUACCAGAACGCUCUGUACCUGGGGGACGUGGCCGAGAGGGUGCGGAUCCUGCGGAACUGUGGCCAGAAAUCCCUGGCGUUCCUGACGGCCGCCACGCAUGGGCUGGACGAGGAGGCCGAGAGCCUGCGGGAAUCCUUCGAUCCCGAGAAGGAGACGAUCCCGGCCGUGGAUCCCGAGGCGCGGCUGCUGCAGCCGCCGGCCCCGGUGCUGCCCCUGGACACCAACUGGCCCCUGCUGACCGUCUCCAAGGGCUUCUUCGAGGGCUCCAUCGCCGGGAAAGGGAAAGGAGGAGCCCUGGCUGCCGACAUUGACAUAGACGCCGUGGGCACCGAGGGCUGGGGCGAGGAUGCCGAGCUGCAGCUGGAUGAAGACGGAUUCGUGGAUGCCGGGGAAGGAUUCGGAGAGGAAGGAGCGGGAAAAGGGCAGGAGGAAGGAGGAGGAUGGGAGGUGGAAGAAGAUUUGGAUCUUCCCCCCGAGCUGGAUGUCCCCACCGGCCCUGCAGGAACGGCUGAGGACGGAUUCUUCGUGCCCCCCACCAAAGGCACCAGCCCAGCCCAGGUGUGGUGCAACAAUUCCCAGCUCCCCGUGGAUCACAUCCUGGCGGGAUCCUUCGAGACAGCCAUGAGGCUGCUCCAUGACCAGGUGGGAGUCACCAACUUCGGGCCCUACAAGCAGCUCUUCCUGCAGACCUUCUCCCGAGGCCGGACGACAUUCCAGGCUCUUCCCAGCCUCCCCGCCAUGUACGGAUUCCCGCACCGCAACUGGUGAGCGCCGGGA